CGUGUGUCAACCGGGAAACCGUCGCGUCGCAUUGCGUUGAGUAGAUUUUGAGUUCGGUUCGGUUCGGUUCGGUUCGGUGGGGCCUUCGUUGACUUGUUGUGCGUUGCGUCAAGCCUUUGUUGUACCCGGUAAUCGGCGAUUACAGAGGCUACAUACACACAAGCAUAAGCAUAUAACGUAUUAGCGUAUUGUACAUCCAAAAAAAAGUACUGAUCCAUAAAUGCGAGAAGAAGAGAGAAUCGCGCCAAAGUUUUUAUUCGUUUUCGGUUUAUAUACUCAUAAUCGUGGUAUUCUUCAAUCAUGGCCGGCGAUGCAGAACCAAAGAGGGGCUAUCGCACCAUCUUUCGGAGCAUAUCGCAGGUGUUCUAUGCCAACGCCAAGAAUACAUCCAGUAACAACAUAAACUACAACAACACCAACAAUUCAAACAACACAAACAACAACGAGAGAUUGCAAAUGGACAACAACAACAGCCUCACAGCGACUUUAACUAAUGUAACAAAAUCGCCAUCGAUAUCGCCAUCGACAUCGACAUCCACAACAUCCACGACACCAUCGAUAACACUAACAACGGAAAAUAUCGCAGGGAAGUGCAUCGAGUGUCAGGACCAGAGCGCAGCCAGGCUGAGGGCCAGCUCCAUGCUGGAUCUCAGCUCCAACAGCCGCCAGUCCACAAUGAGGAUCCGAUCCUGCCACGUACUAGCACCCCAAAUGGGCUGGGACUUAGCCAGAUUGUAA